GUAAACAGCAACGAUAGUGAAACUAACACGCUAGCCUUUCAGAUGUAAAUGUUAUCGGAGAACACUAUUGCCUGUGGCCUAAGCAAGGCUGUUAGCAGGGUGGCAACAGAAGCAAGCCGUAGCUUUUUGGAAUAGAAUGCUUUGGAUCUAAGUUUACUGUUUGGAAAAAAUAGCAAUCAUGCCGAAACUUGGGCGCCGGAGCGAGCAACAGCAGUUUGACUUGCAUCAUGUCAAUACAUCUACAAGGUAUGCUCCCUUUGGUACCGAAAACACACCUAUGUUCCGCUCCAAAAUAGUUGGUGGGAAACUAGUACCAGUUGUUGAGAGGCAAGCCAAUCCUUUGGUAGAUCAAGCAUUGGGUGCAGAGCAGCUUAACAACCAAGGAGGAGUGAGUCCACGCGUCUACCCUCGAGUAGAAACACUUCAUCCAAUCACAGAAAAGCCGAAUCACCUUGACCCCGCAAUGCUCCGAGAAUAUACUCGAAAAUUGCACAACGUGAAUCAGGAAUUCAAUGUUGGGUACAACCAACCAACAACUUAUGCACGAGCACGGCCCGAUUCCAAAGACUUGGGCCGAAGGUAUGUCAACCUGCCUCCUAUUGACCACAAUAAAGUCAAGAACCAGAGCUCAACUGUCUUUGAACCAGAGCCUUGGACUAGGAGGUACCAAAAUAGGACAAGUGGAAACAGCGUCAGACUUCAGGCACCAGACGACUCCGGACAGAAUUACAACAAUGGUGGCAUAGAUGGUGGCUACCAUGCUGGUGGUACCGGUGGAGGCUACAACAACGGCGGAACCAGUGUCGGCUACAAUGGAGGUUCUGGUGGCUACAAUGAUGGUAUUGGCGGUGGCUACAACAUCGGUGGCCCUGGUGGUGGCGGCUACAACAACGAAGGUACCAGUGGUGGCUACAGUGGUGGACCAAGUGGUGUUAUUGUCAAUGGCCGAGAAAGCCCAGCACUCUAUGACCCCAUGCCAUCAGAGAGAAGGGAUUACCAGCCAGACACACGUCGUCGAUCAUUGACACUGGAAGAUAAGAAAUAUGAAUUCAUGGCUUUAUUACCCAAAGAUACAUUUUUGCCAGAACAACCUCUGGGCUUAACAAGGGAUGAGGAGGCCACUGUUUUGAAGAUGGUUUCUGCAGAGCUCCAAGGAGCUGAUCCUGUCAAGUUAAAAGACACAUAUCUUGAUAUUACAGAGAACUAUGACAGAACACUAAGUGGAUGGUGCCAUUAUAAAAAUGUAUUUUUCUCACUCAAAAACAGCAAGUUGACCUUGUCAUCAGACUUGCUGCGUUUGAUAGCUUCCAUGUUUGUAUCCCCAACCAAACUGCAGGAAGUCAAUUAUGAGAAAUUCCUGUCAUUUAUCGGAACUGCGAUGAAGGAAACAAACAGCAAUGGUUGGCCAGUAGACCUUUACAGUCCUCGAUCAUACAUGUCGACUGGUAAACAAGGUCAUUACUACACAAAUCAUGUUGACGGUCCCAGGCCGUGGAGUCCUCGAGCAAGUCGUCCAUCCUCCCCGUACUAUGACAGUAACGUGGGGAAAUUACUGAACAUGGCUGAACAGCAACUUCAAGAGGAUGGCAUUGACUUCGAGGGUCUGGUGGCUCGCUUCCAGGCAGCUGACCGGGAAAUGAGAGAAACUCUUUCUGCAGAUGAGAUAAAGGGCAUCGUGUUCUCCAAGGGCGUCAGACUUCAGGAAUCUGUGAUGAACAAGAUCCUCGCUAAGUGUGAAGAUACCAAUGGAGAUGGGCAGUACAACUGGGUGAAGUUUGUGGAGUUUCUGGAGAAGGUGCAGCCAGCAAAGACUGGCCUGAACAUCCCCAGAAGUAAAAAGCCCCUAGAGUAUGCUAAGCAGGUGCCCUCUCCAGUCAGGAGCUGGCCUCGAGCUGUAGAGAACAACCCUGUCCAACAGGGACAACAGCCUGUGACACCACUGUGGAGGAAGGAUGCACCACAUGGCCAUGACAACUUGUAUGAGAAGAAGGAUCAUUAUGACAUGGAGACAGAUCAGCUGAAGAGCAACCGAGACACCAUACAGAAGCUGGACAAGGACCUCAAGCAUCUGGAGGCUGGGUAUGAGGUAAUGAAGAAGAAACUUGCAUCUCCCCGAGAUGACUCCCCUUGGUUCAAGAUGUUCAUGGAGUUUGCCAACGCCCUGUACAAGCAGGACUCCAGAAGCACAGGACUGCUCCCCGCAGAGGAGGUACUAAACUGGACCAACCUGUACAACAAGUCUUACAACCUUGACAUUCCUGAGUAUGUGAUCAUCCACACUCUCGGAGACUGCUCCAAUGGAGGCAACGUCAACAUCCACAACUAUCUGACUAAAUUGGGAAGUCGAGACUGGUGAUGUCAGACAAGAACAUAUUUCUGGCUAUGUCUGCAUGCUGCAUUAGUGACUUUUGGAUUAUUUAUUCCUAAUUUGGAAAGAAUGUUGAAUAUAUUUUCAGUCAAACCCAACUUGGCACUUAUUUGUACAAAUGUAAGAGAUCAGGCAAAUUCAAUUAUGAAUACCAUAUUUCCUUGAUUAAAAGGCCAGGCGUAUAUUUCUUUCAGACACUCUUUUACCCCUGGUGUUUAAUAAAAGAAAUAAUAAUGGGGAGAAUUCUGUGCAUGAAAACUCUCCGGAUUUUAAUCGAGGACAGGCGUUUGAGGUAAUAUGGUAUUUUGCCUUUAAUGAUUUUGUUAUUGAUCAAUAGAUUAUUUUGAAAUGCUAGGAAAUGAAGCAAAACUAUUUCAAGAAGAUAGAUGACCAUAUGUUUUUACAAACUACUGUAAAUAAUAUUAAAUAUGAAACAGAUUGAUGUCUGGUGAUAUAUAGCUUGAUGCUGUGACAAGGGAGAAAUCAGUUUAUUUCUUCAGCUUAAUUAUCUUCAAAACUGCAAGUGUUGAUGCAAGAUUAAGGACACAUUUGUGUAAAUACUGUCAAAAAUUCUGUGUAAAUAGUGUACAAGAAAACGAUUAAUUUUGCAUUCAAAUAUAUUUUGUUUCAUGAGUAAUAAUGCCAAGCAUAAACCCGUAGGAUUGAACCCCUUGAUUAAGUGUUGACUUUAAAUGAUGGGUUUUUUUCAUGAUCGAGUCCAUUUAAGUCAUCUCAAAAUGCAGUUAUGAUAUUUGCAUUUGUGGACAGACCAUUUCCAUUUCUUUGUUAUUUUUUAGUUUGAUCAGUUAGGAAUUUUGUUGUUGUCAAGGUUGAUUAAUUUAAAAAUUAACAAAAAAAUACAGCCUCAAAGACAAUUCACAAAAAGCUUAUUUCAAUAAUACACAUGUUUACAAUAUUUUUGGUGUGUUCAAAGGUUAGGCUUGGCCUGUUCAUAAUAAAGAAAUAGAAACCGGUCUGGCCUAAAUGACUCAUGCAAAUAUGUUUAAGGAAAUCAUUUGCAGCCUCUGGUGACAGAAAUCCGUCCAUCCCUUGUGCCAUUGGAGGAUCCUUGUUUGUCUUUAGACAGUGAAAUCCUCUUAUAUGUCGAUGUAUUAUCUUCUGUGAUAUCCUAUUAUUUAUUAGAUCUUCCAUUUUACCCAUAGACUAUUUUGACUUAGUUUAUUCUCAGGAACAUAUCCGUUCAUAAUAUGAUUGUGUAUAUAUGUUAUAUGACAUGGCUGUCAUGCUCUGUUACUUAUAUCAAGAGUUAUUUAUUAUGUAUACUUCAGUUGUCUGUGAUAGUUCACCAUUAUGUACACCUGUUGAAAUACACAUGGGUUGAACAUUGUUUGUACACUCAAUACAAGUUUAAACAUCAGUCAAAACAGUUUAUUUUAAUUCCACUAAUUUGCUGAUAUAUUGAUUUAUUCCAUAUUUUUUUAAAAUGUUUAUUCUGUUGUACACAUGGCAAGAGGAACAUGAGAUGCUAACAUAAUCUUCGUUUCCGAAGUGGGGACCCAAAUACUGCAGUCUACCCACAUAAUAUACUACUCAAAAGUUAAACUCCCGAUUGUUUUCAUAUGGCUAUAGUUAAUCUGUCAUGGCCAUCACAUAUUAACUAAAGUCAUAGGAAACAUCAGGUGUUCUUUAACUUCUUUUGAGUAGCAUAUUAUAUUUAUAAGGUUUUCCUUGCAUUAAUGAUAUCAACUAAAUGGACAGUAGGCUGUUUCACGAAACAUGAAAAUCUUUACAACUUACUAGUUGUAUUCAGUGUUCAAAAUUAAGCAUGAAAGUCAAGUUGUGCUUGUUGUAACCUUCAUGUUAAGAGUUAAAGAUUCAUGGGGUUCCUAGUUUCAAAUAACAUAGAAGACCUCACGGACCCCAAAAACCCCAUAAUUUUCAACACUGCAUAUUGCAUAUUCUAGCAAUCAAGAGUUGGUGACAUAUGAAGUUACUUUUAACCCCUGACACUUGAUAUAUCACUUGAUAUAUUAUUGUACCGUUCCCAGUGUCAAUACAAUCUAUUAAUGUGAAUUAAUCCAUGCUGUUUUACCUACACCUAUGAUUUCAGGUAAAACUUUGCAAUUUAGAAACACUGAGCAGUGUAUUUUGCCUGGUGCAGCAAUCUACUUUCACUGGUAGCUUUAUGUGGGGAAAAAUACUUUUGCAAAAUAGAUUUGGUUUUGAAAUCAGGCUCUUCCUUGGUGUAUGCAUUAGAUGGUUGUUGUGAAUUUAACUGUGUAUUUACUACGUUCACAAAUCAUAGAGAAAACAUCCAUUGUAAAGAUAUUUUGUGUGUGUUUACCUUAUGAAUGGAUGUUAGUGUUAAAGAAUUGUCACAAAAUGAAGCCAGUUUUAAUAUUACCUACUUUAUAAGAGAAAAUGUCAAAUAUUUAGGAAAGGUUUUGUCUAUACCAUAGUAUACCGGUAGAUGGGCAUGUUUCAUGAAAACUGCUGUGUACUUUGCUAAUAUUAGCAGUAGGUUAUCUGAAAGUUUUGAUUCCUUGAUUUAAUACACUAGUCUGAAGCCUGAGAUAAGUCAAAUUCUGUUUGGGCAACUUAUAAUAGUCCAUAUUAUUACUCUAAAAUAUGAAAUGCAAAGUUCAGCCAAGUAGACAGAAAUGAUUUUGGCAUAGAGCCACACAAUGUUGAUAUCAGUAGUCCAAAAAAGUUAUUUGAAGUCAUGACACCUGUUUACAGUGAUUUGUGCAUGUUAUUUAUUUCAAGCAGGAGUUUCACGCAGGUCAACCUUCCUCAUCAGGAAUAAAUGCUUAAACGCUUAAUCCACAGAAGUAAUGUAGUUCAAAUACAUUAUGCUGUAUAUUUGUUUGGCUUAUGUCAAAAUAGAUGUUGCUCACAAGGUGUUGAGAUGGAAAUUGAAAAAUAUAACUGCUGGAUGCAACUGAAGUCUAGGUUUAGUCUAAACACGGAACAUAAGUAAAUUUUACAAUUUGGGAGGCUGCCAGGCAAUUUCCCCCAAAAUUAUCAGCCUUGGGGAAUUCUUUAAAACAAUAUUCGAUUUUGGAUAGAAUGUAUCAUUGCAGAUUCUUUAUGUUAUGGGUGGACAAAAAAACCAUCAUCUGUCAGGAUAUAAAAGUUGCAUGUUUUGAAAAGAAAUAGCAUUACAGAAUUAGUUACCAUAUUGGGGCCAUUGUUAUACAGUGCAAACACGGUAGAAUUGUUUCAUUGGACAAAAGUCACAGAACCAAGAAUAUGGAUGAAAAUCUAGGUAUACUUCAAAAUGUUCUUUGAUACUACGCGACUUCUGCAUAUUAUUUCUAAUCUGUAUUGUGUAGAAUAAACAUCUAUUUCUAGAUGAUUGA